CUGUCAGAUCAGCUACAAUCAAUGAACAACUAAACGUCAGAUCGCAGGAAUUUAUUAUGAAUCAAUCAAUUUUUUGAACAUUACAGCCAUUCAAAUAAACUUUUUAUCCAAUUAUUGUUUCAACAGAUAUAAUAGGACAGUCUUAUCAUCUCAAUUAUGCCGCCAUUCGAAGAAACAAGAGAAAAAUCUAAAUCAGUAGAACCUAAAAAAAAAAAUAUUUGGUCUCAAAUUUUGAGCGAUGUUCAGAAUCAUGGAAAUCAAAAAUUACCCUCCUUCAAACAAGUACUGGUGUUAGGAGAUAAUGAAUCAGGAAAAACCACAAUGGUGGCAAAACUCCAAGGUGUAGAAGAUCCUAAAAAAGGAUCGGGACUUGAAUAUGCUUAUAUAGAUGUCCGUGAUGAAUAUAGAGAUGAUCAUACUCGGUUAAGUGUCUGGGUAUUAGAUGGGGAUCCAGGCCAUUCUAAUCUAUUGAAAUUUGCCUUGAAUAAAGAUACUUUUGCGGAUACUUUGGUUAUAUUGACAGUAACCAUGACAGCUCCUUGGGGAAUUUUGGACCAGUUGCAACAUUGGGCAUCUGUUCUAGCUGACCAUUUAGAUAAAUUAGAAUUGGAUAUAGAUUUGCGACAAAGUAAAAGGCAACAUCUUGUAAAAUUAUGGAAAGAAUAUAUUGAACCAGGGGAUGAAUUAGACCCAACAUCACCAAUGAAAAGAAGUUCCAGAAACUUUGGAGAUGAAGAUGCUGAUAAUGAAGACGGUCAACUCCCAGAAGCUACUUUGACCAAUAAUUUGGGCCUGGACAUUGUUGUAGUAGUAACCAAGACUGAUUACAUGCAAACAUUGGAGAAGGAGCAUGAUUACAGGGAUGAACACUUGGAUUUCAUGCAAUCCUGGAUCCGAAGGUUCUGUCUUCAAUAUGGUGCAGCACUGUUUUAUACCAGCGCCAAAGAAGAUAAGAACUGCGAUCUGCUGUACAAGUAUCUCACACAUCGUAUUUAUGGGUUUCCCUUCAGAACACCAGCUUUAGUUGUAGAGAAAGAUGCUGUAUUUAUACCAGCGGGAUGGGAUAACAUGAAGAAAAUAAGUAUUCUGUAUGAGAACAUGCACAGCUGCAAACCAGAUGACUAUUAUAGAGAUAUAGUAGUUCAGCCUAUUGCAAGGAAGACAAUUAGCAGAGAAAGUGAACUUUUGGCUGAAGAUGAGCAAGUAUUUUUGGUGCGAAUGCAACAGAUUUUACUGGCUGGCGGAGGUCCACCAUUAGGAAGAACAACAGAUUCAAUGAGAAGUUCGCCACUAGUGAAAGGAACGGUAAGAUCGGGUUCCAGUUUAUUGUCACCGAGAAAGCUUGAUGGAUCCAAGGUUGUAAGUUCUCCCGGAGGUGAAGGAGUACUGGCGAAUUUCUUCAACUCUUUAUUGAACAAGAAAAGCAGCAGUCCCGGCUCUACUACUAAAUCAGGUCCAGAAUCCCUUCCUGAUAAAGCAGCCAUGCGCUCAGAUGCUGCUGCUGAAUUAGACAGGUUAUCAAGAGGUGCAAAGAAGUCUCUGGGAGCACUGGAUUUCGGCAAUUCUUCUGAUUGUUAGGUGUAUUUUGUAGGAGCUUUAUUCAUAUUCUAACAAUUAAUACAUAUAUAUCUUAUUUAUUAAAAUAAUUCAGUGAAUAUAAGGAAUUGUUAACUGCAAGCUAAUUAAUAAAAACAUACAACAUUU